AUGGGAUACUCCAUGCGUUUGUUUGCAACUUUCUUCCUUGUAGCAAUGCUGCUUUUGUCCACUGAGAUGGGACCAAUGAGCGGUGGUGCAGAGGCAAGAACCUGUGAAUCACAGAGCCACAGUUUCAAGGGGCCAUGUGUUGGCGAUACCAACUGUGCCUCCGUGUGCCAGACUGAAGGUUUCAUUGGCGGCGAUUGUCGUGGCCUUCGCCGCCAAUGUUUUUGCACUAGAAACUGCUAGAAGAAAGUUUCUAAAUGAUCUUU